GGUGGGGUGUUUGUGGGUGAAUAAGAGACAUUGUACAGCACUUUGUUCUGCUCUAAAGUUACAAUAUAUAAGCAAAGCCCCCAUUUACAAACAAUUCAAACUGCUUGGCACUAUCAUACAGGCCUUUCAGUUUGGAAAACUUUCCCAGUACAGCAUUGGUCUUCACCACCUGCACCGCCUCUAUACGGUGUUGUCAAUUUAAACGUUUAGCUAGUUUUAGUUUUUUAUUUUUUGUCAAUAGUGUUUUUUUUAUUAUUAAAAGGAUGAAAAAAGGUCUUUGGGGAAAUAUCAGAAAUGCUCCUUUUCGUCUCUGGCUGGAGGGGCGUGUCGGUGUUUGAUCAGGCUGUUACACCAUAGGAUACGAGAGACAAAGUAAACAAAGUUGCACUGUAGCCUACAUGUCACGGGCAGACAACAUGUUGUUAGUGGUAUUGAAGCGUAACGCACCAGCAUCUAACCGGACCAAAGUCACAAUUGCAGCCACCGUCCAGGAGCUGUUCUCUGUGGCUCGAGAUGCCAGCAUCAUCCCUGAUAUCUCCUUGGAUCCUGUCCUCACCACCUUCCUCUCGCUGGACUCCUCAGCAGCACUGCAGCAUCAAUAUGCCUUCUUGCAGCGGAGCCUGAGCAGGGAGCAGCAGGCUGCAUUCAGCCUCAACUUGACUGGAGAGCUGGGAGGCAGCAGCAGGGUCACAUAUGGAGGAGUAGGGGUUGUUGCUCUGGCUCUGUCCAUGCUUUUUGACCAGAUUGCCCAACAAGUCCGAGCACAAGGAUCUACAGAGGGGGACGUAUCAUCUGAGAGAUCCAAAGCUAAGAUGAUUUUUGGCAUCAGCACUUCUUCAAGAAUUGGCUGGAUUAUCCACAGUUACCUCGGCCUGAUCCCUGGCAUUGCCAACAACCAGGAGAAGAUGUCUGAGACUACAGAGCUCUAUGACAACUGGCUGAAACUUGAGCUGCUUGACCAUUAUGAGAGGAUGACCACUAAGAAGAGGAUGAGUUCAGUGUCCAUGCAACAGUGGUUGGUGGGAGCUGCAGUUCAUCUACACAUGAGAAUUCACCAGGUUCGUCUGAACUCUGUGCCAGUAGGAUCGGCCGAGUCACUGCGUCUGUCUUAUAAGUCAGGGUUAGGUCGCCUGGUUCAGGGCUACACAGCCUAUCUGCACAGAAACAUUCAGGAGACUCCAAGACCCCGAAAACCCAGAACCAGGACAGUCAGUGGACCAAGACAAACCAACACAUUUAGCAUAGCCAAUAUGACCUGUUCAAAUAAAAAUAUCUCAACUGAUAAAUUUAAUGAGACUACCACACCCAAUUCAACUGCUGAUAUUAGCGGAAACUGUAAAACAGAUGGAUCCAGUGAAGACUUUGGACCUAAUGUGCCAAAAGUAAGCAAUGAAACCACUGUAGGUGUCGUAAAGAGAAAGACACUCAACAACUCCGCUAGCUAUAGGAGGGGUGAGAAAGUCGGCAUUCUGGGUCUGUUAGUUAUCGAGCAAUGGAGGAAUGUGAGUCACAAUGUGCAGCAUCACCCCUGUGAGUCUCCAGCCAUACAACAAGCUUUGGUGACUCGUAUCAUCAAUGCUCAGGACCUGGAGCGGAACAGAAACUUUUUCCUGUACCCUGAUAAAGUCUUCCACAGGCUGCUCAGGCAGAGGGAUGACUUUGAGCUGAAGACAAAUUAGACAGACAUGAAUGGUGUGGGAUUAAAUCUUUCAACGAUCAUAUACAGUCGGACAAAUGAUGCUAACAUUGUGCUGUUAUUUUUAGGAAACUACCAUCUCAUCAGUCACUUUAUUCUCUGUCAGUCUGCAUGAAAGUGGGUGUCAUUCCCCAGAUAUGACCAUUUCACAGAUAUGAAAAGGUUUGAUGAUCAAGAUCCUAUAAUACUUGGACAUUUUGGGAAAUACGCUUAUUCACUUUCUUGCAGAGAGUUAGAUGAGAAAAUCGAUAACAAUCUUAUUUUGUACGCUAAAUAUGAAGCUGGAGCGAGGAGCUGGUUAGCUUAGCUUUGC